AUGGUUGGUCAGGUUGAAGAGGAGAGAGAAAUGGUGGAUGCAGAGAAUAAGAGGGAUGGAGAAGCAAGAGAGACUAAAAGGGAAGGGGAACAUGUGGAUACCAAGGAACAGACUGAGGCCAAACCACGUGUCAGGAGAUACCUCACGAAACACAUGAAAUUGUAUCCAGAGUUGUACAGAAGUGAUGUCUCCAUUCACCCAAGUUACACCACUCUUAAGAAUCUACCUUAUUACGUGGUGUGCCGGCGACGUGUGCAGAAGACAAAGAGGCAGAUCAGGCGCCAACUGAACCGCGACAUCAUGCACUUCGCGAUGAUGCAGAUGUUCGCCAUCGAUAGCGUAAGGAUCGACCGAGUAUUCAGCGUUGGAAUGCCUCCUAAGACAUUGAUUGUCCCCGAUUUGUUAACCGUGAACGAGAGACGACACAUCAACGAGCUCCUCCGUGACAAGUAA